CUCCCCCCACAGCCCGCCCCCUCUCCAUCCCUCGCUUCGCUCUCCCUCUCAAAUCUCCCUCCAGUCUCCCUCAUCUCUUGCGGGCGCUCUCCUCCCUCUAUCUCUCUCCCUUAGAGAAAGACAGCGACAGACGCUACUUUUUCCGCUCUUCGAUCUUACCAUCAGCAACUUCCUAACCCUAGCCCUUCUCUUGCCUCAAGAAUCCACUGUUUUCGCUCAAGUUUUGCAUCAAGAGAUGGCAAAUCGUUUACAGCCAGGUCCAGUUGAUAAAUCUGUACUCACAGAUCAGGCACGCCACAGAUCAGCAAUUAUUGAAUCUGGGCAGGCUUUGAAACCUAUCAGAUUUGUUGAACAUGGUCGCAAAUUGAAUAUGUGGAAUGUGGAGCAUGAAGGAGUGCUAGAUCUCCUUAAGAGAGCUGGCUUUUAUUAUUUAUCCCGCUUAAAGCGGAUACACUUGGAUCAUGCACUACUGAAUGCAUUGAUUGAGAGAUGGCGAAGGGAAACACAGACAUUCCAUCUCCGGCAUGGAGAGAUGACUAUAUUGUUGAAAGAUGUGGCUAUACUGACAGGCCUCCUUGUAGAUGGACUUCCAGUCACUGGCAAGACCAACUAUGACUGGGAGCAGCUUUGCAUGGAAUUAUUAGGUCAAGCCCCUGAUCAGGUAAAGGGUGGUUGUGUCAAAAUUGACUGGCUUUAUCAACAUUUCCAUGCAACACCAAUUGAUGCAGAGCAAGCUCAGAUUGAGUUUGCUGCUCGAGCAUACAUCAUGUAUCAGAUAGGAUGCAGUUUAUUUCCAGACCCUAGUGGGAACCGAGUCCACCUAAAGUAUUUGGUGUUGCUUAGAGAUUUUGACAUGUGUGGUCAAAUGGCAUGGGGUGCUGCAGCACUUGCAUAUCUAUAUAGAGAGUUGGGAAAGGCCAGUUUGGUUGGAAAGGCUGAGUGCUGUGGGUUUUUGACACUACUUCAGAUAUGGGCAUGGGAGCACCUUCAUGUAGGUUGCCCUCUACGCUUAGAGCAUUCACAGGGUGAUGGCAACCUAGAUGACAAACCACUAGGAUCUAGGUGGAAUGUCCCAUUACGAUGCUUUGAGAAUGUUAGAACCUCGGACAUUAAGUUUUAUCGCAAGGAGCUUGAUACCCAGAUGGAGUCUCAGGUCAUAUGGGAUCCGUAUACACCAGAAUUGAUGGCAAGGCUACCAGCUUAUUGCAUUGCUGGAUCUGAGGUGUGGCGCUCUAGAGUACCUUUGAUCUGUUAUGAGAUUGUGGAGAUGCAUGUCCCAGACCGUGUGUUAAGACAAUUUGGGAUGCUACAACAUAUCCCAGAGACUGUUGAGGCUGUGGACAGAUUGACGAGGCAGGGUAGAUCUGAUGAGGAUUGGUCUGUGUAUCAUGAGCAGUAUAUUACGCGAUGGACUGACAGAUUAUCUACUGUGGUAACAGAACAUGAGCUCGCAGAUCCAGACCCUGUCAAAGUAUUAGAGAGUUAUAUGCAAUGGUAUUGGAGCAUUACUCGUCGGUGGAUUUCUACACCUGUUGAUCGUCCUACAAUAUCUGAUCAGCCACGAGUUAACAUUGAGAAAGUUUUGGUCGAUCUAAUAAUUGAUGUACGAGAACAAAUAAGAAAGAUGUCAGUCAAUAAGGCAGUGGUUAAGAGUGUCUCUGAGACUCUCACUCAGAUUGAGAACCGCAUCACCACAGUCCUAGAUACCCUCCCGUUUGAUGCUCCUCUUCCAGCACAACAACAUGAUGAUGUCCACCCUACUGCUUCCCAUCGCCGUCCUGCCAUACGACGUCGUACACAUCAUCAUAUUCUGCCAUCUGCUUCCACAGAUACUGCCACAGACACAGAACUUGUGCCAUCUACUGCAGCGUCCACUGAGACUGUGCUACCAACGUGCGUUGCUGUUGCCACUGAGCUUGCUUCAUCCAGUCCUGCCCCCACCACGCUGGAGUUGUUGCCAUCCACUUCAACCUCCACCGAGUCUUUGCUGCAGAUACCCACUCUUGUUGUUGUAGAGCCUGCUUCAUCCUCUCUUGCUCCCCACAAUAUGGAGUUGACUCCAUCCACUCCAACAUCCACUGGUCAUGCAACACCCACCCUCACUUCCAUUGAGCCUAUUUUAUCUAGUCCUGCUCCAGCCCUUCUGGAGAUGGAGCCAUCCAUUUCAACCUCCAUUGAGCAUGUCAUGCCCAUACAUGCUCCUGCCACUGCAGAGACUACUUCAUCUGCUCCUGCCCCAACCAUGAUAGAGCUUGAGCCAUCAAGCUCAGCCUUCAUUGAGCAUGUUGCAUCUGUCCCUUCUCUUGCUGCCGCAGAGGCUACUUCAUCCACUCCUGCCUCUGUCAUUACUGAGACAGCACCUUCCACUGUAACCUCUGCCGAGCCUGUGCCACCCACCCCUACUGCUGCUCCAGAGACUUCUUCAUCCACUCCUACCACUGUCAUUAUUGAGCCAGCACCAUCCACUCUGGCUUCAGGUGAGCCUGUGCCACCUUCUCCUGCUCCUGUUGUUACAGAGCCUGCAUCAUCCCCUCUUGUCCCCACUAUUGCUACUCCACCUAUUUCGACUCCAACCAUCACAGAUUCUACUUCACCCACUCCUGACCCUGUUUUCAAGGAGCCAGCACCAUCCACUCUUGCCACCUCUAUGAUGGACACAGCACCAUCUGUCUCCGCCCAUAUUGAGGCUCCAAGUGCUUUUUCUAUCCUUACUCAGGCUGUUCAGUCCCUUAUCCAGCAGGAUUCUCAGAAUGGUGAGGCCCCUAUUACUAAUAAAUGCACGGAGGAGAUCUGUGACAUUAAGGCUAGUAGCAACCCUGUGAAAAUGGAGGCUCAUGAAGCAAAUGCUCAUAUAGAGGGAGCUGAGAUGCAAAAGCCAAUGGAUGUUAAGAUGCAGGAGGUUACAGAUAUUGAGUCCCAAGAGGCUCAUGGUCACAUGGAGGCCAAUGUGCAUGGAACCAAAGAGGCUAGUGAGCCUAUCCACGGUCAUGGUCAUGUUCGAAGUUUUGUGAGAAAGCGGAAGAGGAGGGUCUAUCAACAAACCUCUUCUGCCCCACACUGAAUUCCUGACCUUGGAAUGGUUUCAUUUCUUGCCUGCCUCUGGUGGGUUCUUUAGGAACCUCUGGCCCCUUGAUCUGCCCUUCAUCAUGUUGGUGCUCAUCCUCAAGCACGCUGUAUUAUUUGCCUCCGAAGUUCUUCAUGAGGAGUUCAGCCACAAUCUCAUUGGAGGAUGUCAGAUUUCCUUUGGAAAGCAGGCUCUGUUUUGUGGUUUGAAUUAUUCUAGUAUGCUAAUGAAAAAAAUGUUUAAUGCAAUUGGGGCGCAACAUUUGUUCAUUUGAAAGUUGUGAUCGCUUGGCCUAAGGAA